AUGUCGACAACUAUGCGGCCGACGUUGCAAACUGUUCCCGAGUCGUUACCGGCAGACCAUGUGACGUCUUCUCCAGCUCCAGCUACUACCACGGCUGCAGCCCCCUCGCAGCCUAGGCACCCUCGUCCUAUUUUCAAGGUAAGUCUCAGGAUGCUGUUAUUUGAUGAAUAUGACUUGCACGUCGUUGCAUCUUACCGAAACAUGCAAUACAAAUCGAUCAAACGUCAUAUUCAUUGA